GCUUUUUACACCUUUUACAGAUUUGCAUAAGACUUGCUCUCUACAUUCAUUACAUUGGGUAUCCCUUACAUUAAAUAAUUGUCUGAGGCCUACAUGUCUUUAAAGUGUUCUUGGGGGGGCGGAUUAGGGGCUGAUGUACGGAUGUGAAUAAUACUUCACUAAACAUCAGUCUCUCGUGACAGAUUUCAUUUUGGGGACAGAUUAAACAUUGGAUUGUGUGGGUGCCUUUUUUAGCAUGUGUUUGUGUCUCUGACUCGCAGCCCAAUUCUGAUCUUUUGCCCAGUUUUUGAAAAAAAACGCUUAUCUGAUUAGUCAAAAGACCAAUUAGUGGAAAAAGAUCAGAAUUGGGCUGCCUGUGUAAACACAGCCUCAGUAUCACAUGACAUGAGACUCCCUUGACAAGAAGUUUAAACAUGAAUUCCUGGUUCCUUGGAAUCAUAAUAUAAUAUAAUAUAAUAUGCCAUAUCAUAUGUUCCAUGUAGCCUAACAAUGGGGCAGAAGUAGAAUAUUCUGCGCCUGGUCCCACAGAGAUACCAAAAAGUAGCCUAUAAAGAUGAUUGUCGCACUAUAAUGCCACUAGAAAACCAGUUAUGACACAUUUGGGACACAUUAUUACCUGAUCGUGCAGUAGGCCUGUGUGACAUCACAAAGCAACUAAUGUCACAGUAACUAUGGCAAUUUUGAUUUGUGUCAUAACAUCCUAAACUUCAACCUGGGUCACACAGCAUUAGCUGGGUCAUACAGUGUCAGCUUGUUGAAAAACGGAUUGUUGGUGGAGCUGCUACUAGUAGCAGUCACAGUCUGAUAGAGGGAGAAGCUGUAACUGGAUCUCUGUUGAGUCACAGUCUGAUAGAGGGAGAAGCUGUAACUGGAUCUCUGUUGAGUCACAGUCUGAUAGAGGGAGAAGCUGUAACUGGAUCUCUGUUGAGUCACAGUCUGAUAGAGGGAGAAGCUGUAACUGGAUCUCUGUUGAGUCACAGUCUGAUAGAGGGAGAAGCUGGAACUGGAUCUCUGUUGAGUCACAGUCUGAUAGAGGGAGAAGCUGGAACUGGAUCUCUGUUGGACAAACAGCAGACGGUGAAGUGCAUACACACAGCACAGGGAAAACAAUGGCCGUAGGAAAAAAACACUUCCAAAGUUGGUGACAUAUCCCGCAAUGAUGCAUCAUGCAGGACAGAGGAGAGGCUACAGGGCAAUGAGAAAGGGGACCAGUGUGACAGAGGCGGCUGGUGGAUGGGAGACGCCCAUUCCUGGGAGUUACCACAUCCGGGACUUCAUUGAGGAGGCUGGCCUGAACCCGGUCUGUAGGAUGUAUGGCUUUAAGGGUACGGGGAGAGACGCCCAGAUUCAGAUGCAUAAGGGGGACCUGCUGCUACUGGGAGCCUGACUCCACCCAGGAGGCCCUCCAACGCCAGGCCUCCUACUCCUUUAAGAACUGCCCCUGGCCAAACAACUACACCCUGGGCAUCCGUGACAAGGUGGGGAGAGGAUGUCAAGAGGAGGGUGACAAAGGGAGGGGUCGUGGGGGGAGAGGAGAUAGGGAGGUGAGGAGAAGGGGGUGUUAUCAGCAGUAAUUGAUCUUCUAAUAACACCGUUUUAUUUGACAUUAUAACCUGAGAGUUUAUAUUGUCCAUCUUUGUCCAAGGAAUUGACCUUUCACCAUGCCACUACAAUGUGACCGAGAAACCAGUUCCAAAGAUACGCUGCAACUAAACACUUGCGUAAUCUAUCAUUAUAAUUUUUACACUGUUAAAUCUGAAUCACUGCAAGCAGACUGCCUCUGAUUCAUCUCCUUGAUAUUUGAAUCAUCCCUUGAUAUAUUUUUCCUGUGAGCUUUCAUCUCUUCAAAACAUGUACAAACAACAACCUGACCUCUCCAUUCCAGCACCACACAACAGGUCUGGCCCACUGAGGUAUAAUAAGAACUAGAGACUGCCUCCAAGAUGGCCGACCUUUGUUUUAAACAUAAUCUACUCACGUUCGCAUACGCCAUUUCGUGGUUGCUGCCGUCUUUCUUGCUGGGAUUACUACACCUGCGCAUUAACGCUCAGUGUACACUGGACAGACAAAACUAUUGUGUGAACUCUGUCAGAGCACCUGGACAGCUAAACAAGCCAACUGUCACUUCCCCUAGCUAGCUGGUGUCAUGAACUCAGAGCAUGAAUAUAAAAUGUUAAUAUCUUCGGCUGUGAGUGAUGGAUUUUUUUUGGGCUUUGGCGACAAUAAUUUUGGAUGUUUUGUGUACAAAGGUGAUGAAUAAAGUGUCUUAUUAGGAAUG